AUGAGACGCCACUGGAGUGAUGUCCAUAAUGUUAGUGGGCCGGAUGAUUUUGCUUCUCACGCGCGCUCAGUGAAGCUUCAAACAUUCUUUCGUGGUACCAAACUCAAGUAUUUCGAGGUCUCGAUGGCAAGAGCUGCGGAGUCACAGGGUUCGGAUGAAGGGGGUGGGGAUGGCAGGCAGAACUCCGGUGUGAAUGAAGUGCCGUCAGCAGCACAACCGAUGUCACUUUCUGAGCUUUCUCCCGUGGUGGACCUGGAGACAUUGGCCUACUUCCAUCAUUUUAUCAUUACAACGUGUUUGACACUUCCUCGAGUCGAGGAUUCCCCAACAGCGUCACAAUAUUGGGGGACGUAUAUUGUUUCGUUGGGUCUACAACAACGGUGGCUGAUGUGUGGAUUGCUGGCCAUUUCUGCAUACCAUUCAGCUGUGCUCAAGGAUGAAAAAACAGCACAGCAAAAGCAUCGUGAACGGGCGACAAUCCUCCGUUCCAAAUUCUUGGUCGGCUUCAACGAAAUGAUUCACAAUAGUUCAAACGUUGCGUCCACCGAGGCUUUCGGGCAAAUGAGAAGUGCCGCAAUUCAAAUAAGGGGCAUUUUGAGCUGUGCGCGAUGGACCUUGACUGGAUUCGCUGCGAAUCAAGAGAAUGUCCUAGGUCCUGCCACAUCCACAUCUUGGCUACAGUCUUUACUAUCUGAUGUUCGAGACUUUUCGUCUUAUCAGCUAGGAAACUCUUUUAAAUUUGAGCAGAGUACGGGCAGUGAUCUUCAAACAUCUUUGGCUACGAAUAGCCCGCGAGCUGCCACCGCAGCACCGACUCUGCUACUCAACCGUCUUCAGCUGCUCCCUUAUCGCAUGGCCGAGAUAUUCGGGAAACCAGAUGGUGAACAAGAUGCGCCAGCUAUUCUACUCGGUAUUGCAACAUUGGUACAAUGCUGUAACAGCGUCUACGAGUCCAAUGUUUUAUCAGGGGGUGGCAAGGUAUAA